AUGACCAGGGUAGUACCUGGCCCACUGCGACAGUCACAAUCCACCACCAUGCUGACCACCGUGUGCCUGCUGCUCAGCUUUGCUCUGCUGAUGGUGGGCUUCCACGAACCUGUCAGCUGUCCCCAGGACCAGCACUGUCAGCGGGCACUACUCUCAGGCAAUGAUGUCCUCCUUGAGUGCAAUUUCUCUGUGGCACAAUGGCACUACCUCAGGGAAGGCAGUGCUGACUGGAAUGCCAACCUCUCUAGUGUUUCCAAUAUAAAAGUACUGCCCGAGGGUCACCUUGCCAUCAGCAACCCAAAGCCAUCUCAGUCAGGCCUCUACCACUGCUGGAACGCCAAUGGCACCCAGAUGGUCCAGUAUGAGGUUGAUUUCCAGGAUGCCACCAUGCUGUAUGUCACGCACAAGGGCCUGGGUCAGAAGCCCCUAGAGAACCAGACACUGUCCCAGAGUAGCAGGGAGCUCAUCUUUACCCGGUGGGAAGCCUGGCAGGGCUGCAACCGCUGUGGGGAGCCCGGGGAACGCAAACGCCUGGGCUACUGCUACAUCAAGAGGCCCCUGGAGGACCCCGUGCCCUGCGGGCUCUACCUGGGGGAGAUGAAGGACUGGUUCAGCCGCUUACAGCCUGAGCUGCAGGUGGAAGCCUGCCAUGUGCAGUGUGGAGAUUACCGUCCAUCCAGAGUGCACUAUGUCUCCUUUGACAACUUCAGGCUCAUGGAGGAGUCAGAAUCUCUGUGGCUCACCUGCCCCGUAGCUUCCAUCUACAGGCCUGUCAACUGGGAAGCCAACAGCAUCCCUCUGACUUGGCACGACCAGCUCUCUGGCCAGGACUUCAGCUACUUCCUGGACCAGUCCACCGGUGGCAAGCAGCUGAAGAUUUUCUGGCAGGCCACUUACAAGUGCUUUGUGGAGCAGGAGCUCAUGGUGCAAUUCAACCCCGAGGCCCGUCCAGAAAUGCUGGAGGCUCAGAGGAUGGCGAUGCUGGAAGCUCAGGGGGCAGGAGAGGUCACUGCCCGGUCCGGGAAAGCAGACUCCGUUCUCAAACAGUUGAUGCUGAUGUUGCUGGUGGUCACCACGCUGGCCCUUGUGGGGCUGCUGUUCAAAGUCCUCUGCCCUGCCCAGGGCAAAAGAAGCAACCAGAUUCUGCUGGUAAAAUAA